CCCACUGAAUCUCGCCGGCCGCAGGUUCUCAUUUCCACCUCGAUGCCCUCAGACGCUGUACAUAUCAGCGGCCACCAUCGCUCGACGUCCACUCCAUCUUCCGUCUAUGUGCAUUCACCAUAAUCCUUCUCUCUCACCGGCAACACGCAGCACCGAGGCCCAUCUCCGAUCUCUUGAGGUCGAAGCACACAGUCACGCCAUAGCCCAGCAUCGUACGACUCCGAAGACAGGCGAGAAGAGUAGGGAAAUGUCUGGGUGUCACGUCGAUCUCUCGCCCUAUGGCCCGUGAAAUUCGACAAUAGCAUGUAUGAGAUGGUUGCAGGUCGGUGUCUCAGCAGGAGGAAAGGACGGAAGUCCAUAGCAUGCGGCAAUGCAGGAGCAUGAUUUGGGUGAAUAGAUAUGACACAGUCAACCGCCAGAGCGAAAUCAGACAUGUCACUCAUCAAAAAAAGCUGCCUCCUUUUCGUCGAUGGAGAGAACCAUGGCGCACACAUCCACCGGGCGAACGCGGAAAGCAAAUCUCCAUCCAUCCAUACGCAGCACAGAUGGCGCGAUCUUGGUCACGCCCAAGACCAAGGCUUCACGCGCGCGCACCGGCAUGAACAAUGUAAAGACAGCGACACCAGGCACGGACGACGCACAGGACAGCGGCGGUACUCGAUCCGUCCAGGACGAGCUUCAAGAAACCUCAGGCUAUGCUUCUACAAGACCAAGAGACGCCAUAGACGAGCAUGGGCCAACUCCAACACAAGCUGCACAAUCAAAGACCUGAAAGCCUUCGCCACCUCGUACGACAACCCGC